GGGAAGGAAUUGUGUCCCCGGCUCUGCAGGCGCCGUCAACCGGGCCGCGUAUCGCCUCACCGUCGCCUCAACUCGGGAGCCGGGACCCACCUGGCGCGGCAGAGUUCUGCCCUGAUUAUACCUAUUGCUCCAUUCUUUCCUAUUCUUGAAAAUGAAAAGAAUGAUUUUAUAUUUCUUUUUGCUGGUUGGACUUUUUCCAGUUUCAGCCAGGGAACGACAGCUUCCAAGAAUACCUUUAAGUCAAAGAAAUGAUGCUAAUUUUCAUGAAAAUGCUUGCAGUAAUAAACGUCUUGACCUUGUGUUCAUCAUUGAUAGCUCUCGGAGUGUUCGCCCUUAUGACUUUGAAAAAGUGAAAGAAUUUAUCUUAACCAUCCUGCAGUUUUUGGACAUUAGUCCCGAUAACACUAGAGUGGGAUUAAUCCAAUAUGCCAGCACAGUCAAAAAUGAAUUUUCACUGAAGACUUUUAAGAAGAAACAGGAUGUAGAGAGAGCAGUAAAAAGGAUGAUGUAUCUUGCCACUGGAACCAUGACAGGAUUAGCUAUUCAAUAUGCAAUGAACAUUGCAUUUUCAGAAUCUGAAGGGGCUCGGCCACUCAGGGAGAAUGUACCUAGAGUUAUCAUGAUAGUGACAGAUGGGAGACCACAGGAUCCAGUUGCAGAAAUUGCAGCAAAAACCCGAAAUUCAGGAAUCCUCAUAUUUGCUAUUGGAGUGGGAAGGGUAGAUAUGAACACACUAAAAUCAAUUGGGAGUGAACCGCAUGAAGAACAUGUUUUUCUGGUUGCAAACUUCAGCCAAAUUGAAUCACUGACUUCUGUGUUCCAAACCAAAAUCUGUGUUCAGCAUAUGUGUGGUAUAAUUCAACAUGGCUGUGAUCAUUUCUGCAUCAACAUUCCUGGCUCUUAUGUAUGCAAAUGUAAACAUGGAUAUAUUCUGGACUUAGAUCGGAGAAGCUGUAGCAUCCAAGAUCUAUGUGAAACUGAAAAGCAUGAAUGUGAGCACAUAUGUAUAAAUACACCUGGAUCCUAUGUCUGCCAAUGUUAUGAUGGCUAUGAACUUGAAGAAAAUGGGAAGAAUUGUUUCAUUGUGGACUAUUGUGCUUUGAAUAACCAAGGCUGUCAACAUGAAUGUAUCAAUACUGAAGAUUCUUAUUAUUGUCAGUGCCAUAAUGGGUUCGUUCUAAAUCCAGAUAAAAAAACUUGCAAACGACCAGACCAUUGUGCUUUGAAAAAUCAUGGCUGUCAGCAGGAAUGUGUCAAUACAGAUGAAUCCUACUUUUGCCAAUGCAAGCAAGGAUUUACUCUUAAUCCGGAUAAAAGAACUUGCAAAAGAAUAAAUAUCUGCAGUUUAGGUAAACAUGGCUGCCAACAUGAAUGUGUUACCACUGAAGAAUCAUAUAUGUGCAAAUGUCAAAUUGGAUACAUUCUAAACCAUGAUGGCAAAACAUGCAGAAGAAUAGAUCACUGUGCUGAGUUCAAUCAUGGAUGUGAACAACUCUGUCUAAAUACCAGAGAAUCCUACAUUUGCCAGUGCUCUGAAGGAUUCAUCAUUAAUGAGGAUCUGAAAACUUGUUCACGAUGUAAUGAAGGCCCGAUUGAUCUGGUAUUUGUGAUAGAUGGAUCAAAAAGUCUAGGAGAAAAUAAUUUUGAAAUUGUCAAGGAAUUUGUCUUGGGAAUUUUGGACUUUCUUACAAUAUCUCCCAAAGCUGCACGUAUUGGUUUGUUGCAAUAUUCCAGCCAGGUUCGCACAGAAUUCACACUGAAACAAUUCAACACAGCCAAAGAUAUGAAGAAAGCAGUGACACAAAUUAAAUACAUGGGUAAAGGCUCCAUGACUGGGCUUGCACUGAAACAGAUGACUGAGAGAAGCUUUACUGAAGCAGAUGGAGCCAGGCGCAUCUCAGCAAAUGUUCCCAGGGUGUCAGUUGUGUUUACAGAUGGACGUGCCCAAGAUAAUGCUUCUGAAUGGGCCGCAAAAGCAAAGCAAAGUGGAAUCACUAUAUAUGCUGUUGGAAUAGGGAAAUUGAUUGAGGAAGAAUUACGAGCAAUUGCUUCUGAACCUGUUGAAAAACAUAUUUUUUAUGCUCAGGAAUUCAAAGCCAUGGAAGAGAUCACUGAAAAACUGCAGAAAAGAAUCUGUGAAGAUCUAAAGGAUUACCAGGAAACAACAAAUCGGCUUCAUUCAAUGAAUUUACUUUCUGAAGACUGGAAGAAAUGUCAAAAAGAAUAGAAGCAUUGGAAAAUCGAUUAAGAUACUAAUAAAAUGUCCUUAGCAGCAAUAUACCUUUGUUGGAUACCGGUAAUUACACACAAGAAAAUGUAUCAAAGCUAUGUAGGUAGGUAUGUUUUGCACAAAAAGGAGAAUUUAUAACUUCAGUAAUACAGUACCAUGUAAUGGUGUAUUUUUGCAUUGACUAAGAUAAAAUUACAAACUUUUUAGAAAACUAUUUUUUUCAAUUGAGAAACUGUAUAUUGUAAAAUAUUAGUAUAUAAAAGGCAAUUUUUAUUAUUCAGAAAUUUGGAAAGGCCAAAUAUUGUUCACUAUUCAUUGUAAUAAUGUACUGAAUGGAUGUAGUCAAACAUUACGUUACAAUGGUGUUCUUGUGCUUCUCAUGUAGCGGUAAUGCUAAUAUCCAUAGUAAUAGCAAAUAUUUUCUCUAUGCUUAAAACUUUUCCUAAAGCCAGCACUUCUUCCCAUAUGUGAUUGAUGAUAAGGAAAUUGGGUAGUAACCAACAUAUUUAAGGCACAUUCCCUAUGUUCAUGUUAACCCUCUAGGUAUUUAUAUGUGGGAUAGGGUUUGUGGAGAUAAUGUAUAAAAUGUUAUUUUAUUGCUAGAAUUAUAUACCAAAAAAUUGAAUAUUUUUAUAAAACAAUUCUCAAACAGAUGUUAUCACACAAGUAUUUCAACAGUGUUGGCCAACAGAUACUUGGAAGAAUGGAUAAUCAUAUGGGAAAAUUAAUUCAUUACAGAAUGAAUUAUAGUAUUAUUUCAGAACAAAUUAAGAAGUGCCUUAGCUGAAUUAUCCCAAAAAUAAAUUAUGUUCAAUAAUUUUUUCCCAUCAUCUAUUGUUUUUCUUUCAGUUGUUCAUAAGUUAUUCUGUUUGGUUUUCUUGCUCUAAAUAAAAGGCUGAAUUUGCUUAACUAUAUCCUUAUUUACUAUUAAUGUGUGGAGGUUCCCCCAAGUAAGGUAAGGUCACUCUUACUGAUAAUACAGAAUGUGGUUGCUUGUUAAAUUUCACUUUUUCUGCAGUAUUUAAAUAGGGCUUUUUUUUUUGCCCUCGCUUCAGCCUCAAUUUUGUUUACUUUUUUUCUCUCUCUUCCUAGCACACUUAUCAUUUCCUUUUACCUAUCUCUAGCCUAGCAUUUUUUCUGCAACAGUAAUCUUCAGCAGUAGCAGCUUCUACAAAGAGUUGCAAGUCUCUCAGCACAUUCAGAAUUUUCCAUACUGAAUAUGAAACACUGCAUAGUCCUAAUGAGAAGAUAGUUGGUUGGUUCCCUCCUUCCUGCAUUUAUACAAUUAAGUGACUAGAUGGUUUCUAAUCACAAAAUUAACCAUGUUUAAAAACUUGUUUUUCAAAUGUGCUGUACAAUAUGAAUAUGUUUACAUAUGCACAUACAUAUUUAUGAAGUAGGUGGUUGAUCAGAAAUCUGGAUAUUGUAGAUUGAAUUUGGUUUUUGUUUUGUUUUUUUGCUAUAUCUCCUUUUCAGAUAAAUACAGAACUCAAUCAGGGGAGCCAACUAUGGUUAUAUUAUUUAAUCCCAUUGAUCCAAUUUUAUUUAGACCUUAACUAUUUUAUUUCUCCAUCAAACUUUGCAUACAACUUGUUGUGUCUUACUUAUAAAAACUCAUACCAACAACAGAUGUAAAGCCAGUUUUAUUACACAAAAUGUAAAGUUUAUUAAUUUUACUUCUCACUGGUUUGUUCUGGCAUGCUUCUAAUGAUGUCAGAGUCACCUGUUGGGGAAAACAUACUUCAGUAUCAAAAUUUCAUAAACACCAUUGUCAUGUACAGUAUACUGUAUUACAAAAAAAUUCUUGAUAACCUUAUCUGAAUAUAUUCCCAAUGAUAAAUCAUAUUACAAAGUUCAAUCAGUUAAUGUAACUUGCAGGUAAAAAUCAGAACUAGGAAGACCAACUAGUCCUGAGGACACAGUGCAAAGUAGUAAUAUAGCGAAUGUCUAGCCUGCCCUGAUUAUUGUACAAACCAGAACAGCGAGAAUAUUCGCAUUUAAUUUUGCAUCAAGAUAAAUUGACUUCUCAAAUCCUAUACAUAUAGUUUCAAUCCUUAGCCUCUGAUAAAUUACUUU